UCCCCCAAUUCCAUUUCUCAUCACUCACGCAUUCUCUUCAUUUAAAUUCCAAUUCAUCUUUCUGUAAAGUCUCUCAACAAUGGCACCAAAGGCAGCAGGGAAAAAGCCAGCUGAGAAGAAGCCAGUAGAGGAGAAGAAGGCCGAGGGAGUUCCUGCUGAGAAGAAGCCCAAGGCCGGGAAGAAGCUCCCGAAGGAUGCCAGCGGCGCUGACAAGAAGAAGAAGAAGGCAAAGAAGAGCAUUGAAACCUACAAGAUCUACAUCUUCAAGGUGCUGAAGCAGGUGCAUCCAGAUAUCGGUAUCUCCAGCAAAUCAAUGGGUAUAAUGAACAGUUUCAUUAAUGAUAUAUUUGAGAAGCUUGCUCAGGAAGCUUCUAGAUUGGCUAGGAUCAACAAGAAGCCUACUAUCACUUCUAGGGAAAUUCAGACUGCUGUUAGGCUUGUGUUGCCUGGUGAAUUGGCUAAGCACGCUGUUUCUGAAGGGACCAAGGCUGUUACGAAGUUCACUAGGGCACCAAAGGCAACUGGGAAAAAGCCAGUAGAGGAGAAGAAGGCUGAGGGAGUUCCUGCUGAGAAGAAGCCCAAAGCCGGGAAGAAGCUCCCAAAGGAUGCUGGCAGCGCUGACAAGAAGAAGAAGAAGAAGGCAAAGAAGAGCAUUGAAACCUAUAAGAUCUACAUCUUCAAGGUGCUCAAACAGGUGCAUCCAGAUAUUGGCAUUUCCAGCAAAUCAAUGGGUAUAAUGAACAGUUUCAUUAAUGAUAUAUUUGAGAAGCUUGCUCAGGAAUCAUCUAGAUUGGCUAGGAUCAACAAGAAGCCUACUAUCACUUCUAGGGAAAUUCAGACUGCUGUGAGGCUUGUGUUGCCUGGUGAAUUGGCUAAGCACGCUGUUUCUGAAGGGACCAAAGUUGUCACUAAGUUUACUAGCUCUUAGGCUUUUAGUUUGGGGGAUCUUUUGGGUUUUUGGUCUAUGUAAAAGCUGGAAGGCUUUGGUGUAUAAUAUGUAACUAGUGAGACAAGUUGCACUUUGUGCGCUCAUAAGAUUCCGUGUUAAAUAUGUAAAAAUUGAUUAAUUUUUUUUUUAAUUUUAAUAUUAUAAUAAAUUAAAUUUAAUAUUUUAAA